AUGUAUUCCCAAGUUAAUAAGGCUGUCAAGAAUACUGGUGAAAGACUUGGUCAACUUGGCGAACAAUCAGCUGCUUCUCAACUACAAGACGACCAACAAGUGCAAAGCUAUUUAUCAACUGUAGGUGGGACUACCAUGCAACUGACUGCUCUACAACGGCAACAGAUUUUAGAACAAGAAGCACAUCACAAAAAAAUGAAAGCAGAAAAACGGCAGAAGAAGCUAGAAAAACUAGAAAAAGGAUUUGGUUCAAAAAUUGGAGGGGUUUUAGCUGCUGGAAUUAAUGCUGGGAAGGAAGUUGCAUCUGUUGCCAAAGGAAAGGAGAAGAAACGAAAGGAAAAGAAAAUUGAAGAAAAAUACGAUCCUAAAAUGGAAGAGGAUAUGGAGAAGGCUGCCACUGAAUUGGCUAAGAAGAUUGCUGCUCAGCACGGAUUUAAGUUGGGGAAUGAGGAAGAGGAAAAUGGAAGCAAGGUGAAGGAGGAAGAUGAGGAUGAAGAGAGUGAUGAAAGCGAGGUUGAGCAACAUGAAGCAGAAAAAGUUGAAGCAGAAGCAAAACUAGAAGCAGAAGCAAAUUCCGAAGCAGAAGCAAAACUAGAAGCAGAAGCACCUCCAUCAAAAAAUUGGGCUGCCGCUUUUGAAAGUGCAUCAUUGCUUCCUCCCUCAGAAUCUGAUGUACACUUGGCAGAAGUACUAACCACUGGAAUAACAGAUCCCUUCGAUACAAGUCGGGCCAAAAAUUUGGCUUUGGGAGGCGGUGGAGGUGAAAGGGAGGUGGAUCCGUUUGCUCCCCUUUCUCGGCAAGAUAGACAAAAGAGUGUUAUUGAUGAUCCUUUUGAUGUCCGACCAAUAGAGGAACUCAUUGCCGAAGCACGCCAACAAGCAGAAAUGGAAAGGGCUAGAAGAGAAGCUGCUGCAGAAGCUGGGGAGUAUAUUGAAGAAAAUGAGGGAGGUAUUAGAAGACCUACUUCGUCUAGACUUUCAACUCCAACUCAAGAAGGUGGUAGUCCGGUAACGCCGUCUAUGGUGCGUCCUGUUGGAUUUGAAGACGAUUUUAAGAAUAUGGCUAUCGAUGAACAAACUCCUCUAUAUGACGAAGAUGAUUCUCAACCUCUUUCUGAAUUUCCUCCACGUUUUACUGGGGAUGGCUGGGAGCUUUUGCUACGAUAUCCACCCAAAAAGAAGUUGAUGGCUGAUCGCUAUUGGAAACCAAUCUUUGUUCGACUUAAUGGGAAUAUGCUUUCUUUGUACGCAAAUGCGCAAGAGACUAGGCCAUCUCAGGAAAUUUUAUUACAGGCCAACUAUUCAUUAUCCGACCCAACAUUACAAGCUUAUGAUAUUUACGGCAAAAUACAUACAGUCAAAUUACAACAUAUUCUCUACAAAGAACGUGUGGGUAUACGUCCAGGCCAGAUUUCCCGGCUUGUAGAAGGGCACAUUACAAAAUAUGGACUUCCACUUGAACAUGCAGCACAAUGCAAUGUUAUAGCAAAGUUUGGGUCGUUGGAUGCUUCUACUGUUUUGAGUUUUACUAGGGCUGUAGAAGACGCACUAUUUAUAUGUCCUAGCAAAAGAGAGUUUACUUCAGCAAAUGCACCGGUAUAUAGACAGGAUGAGGUUCAGAUCCAUUGUUAUGACGAAUACGAAGCAAGGAUUGACCGUGAAGGUUUUGUCCAUGAUCAAAAAGCACGUGUUCGCCUUUUCUGCCUUGCUUUUCUUACUGGUACAACGCCCACCUUAGAGAUUGGAUUAAAUGAUCGUCGACGUGAAGGGAAAGAAAUAGUUAGAAGAAAAGACAUUUUGCCCAUGUACACCGAAAGAUGGAUACGUUUUGAAGCUCCAGAGUUCCACAAUACUGUAGAAAAGUCUGUAUGGGAAGAAGACCAAGUAGUUAGACUUGUCCCUCCGGAUGGCUGCUUCUUCGAAUUAAUGCGCUUCAGAAUCAGACCUCCAAAGAACCGAGAAAAACCACUCAGUGUAAAAUGCAUAAUGCGUCUGUCUGGGAAACAAGUAGAAAUUCGGAUAGAAACUGCAGCAGCCCUGCAUCAACAAUGUGCUAAAGGAACAGUAGAAUCAACUAGAUCAAUUCCUUGUGAAAAUAUUUGCAUCCGUUUCCCGAUACCGGAAGCUUGGAUUUAUAUUUUCCGCGAAGAGAGGCAUUGGGGUGUUGGUUCUGUUCACUCAAAGAUGAGAAAACCUGGAAAAGUUAAAAACUUGAAGGAUAAAUUAAUGGGAACGGUGCAGCAAAAUGAGCCUUGUUUAAUUGAGGUUGGAACAGGUGAAGCAAAAUAUGAACAUCUAUUUCGUUCACUAGUUUGGAGAAUCCCUCGAUUACCUGAUAAACAAAGUGCUGCAUACAAAAGUUAUAUGCUCAAAUGUCGUUUCACUCUCACUUCAUUCGAUUUAAUGCCAGAAACUUUUAUGCCCCAAAGCGAGUUGGAAUUUACUAUGCCUCUAGCGAUUGUUAGCAAUACUGUGGCACGUUCUGUAGGUGUUGAACAACACGAGGACAGCGAUAGAGUAGAAAAAUUUGUUCGGUAUUUGGCAAAGUUUCAUUACAGGUCCUUAAUUAUGAUAAAGAAAAGUUGA